GUUGGUUUUAUCUAGUGACUCUCGAUAUAGGCUACAUGUCGGGUGAAAGCUAUAUGAUUGUUUUGCGUGACAAGUUGCAUUUGUUUAUAUAUAUAGUUCCUCUCGUAUCGCCUAUAGCUUAAACAUGGAGUUGUGACAUAACCGGAGUCCUGUAGCCAAAAUAAUAACAUUUGUCAAAGGCAGUACAGCAUUGUUAUAGUUGUCGGACAAGCAGCAAUACAAGAAUCUUGAAAUAUCCAUGUGUUUAAAAGCUCGCAACAUAUCUUUUGAAGGGGCUAUGGCUACCAAAUAUAAACAAAGUUACAUCAUGUGAAAGGGCAUUAUUCAAUUUGAUUGACGUCGGAUGGACCAAUGAGAAUGUGGAAAAAAACGCCUACUGUAGCUGUUAGUCUGCACUUCGUUGUUUUAUAACUAAAUUCUACAUUUGCUACUCUGUCACUGUUGUGGGGUCAUAGUCCCAUUCACUACAACGAGAGUUUGCGUUUUACACAGCGUCGAGUUCUACAGCAGACUGUUCUUAAUUUCCACAGAAUCACAUGUGGUGUCUAGCGGAACCAUUGCGGAAAAUCUAGCUACAAUUCGACAAUAAAUAUAAUUUUUACUGAGCAUUACAUACAUUACAUGAUGUAAUACAAACAUGAAUUGUGUUAUCAGAUAGUAAUUUUGCCCUCGUAGAACUUGGAUUACAGCGGCUAGAGGUUCUGAGUACUGCUGUUUUCCCUUUCAAUUUGAUAAUUAUUGCACCCACCUGGUGUCCCAGCUCUACUAACGUAAACUCGUACAUCGCCUUGGUCCGUAAAAUUGCCCUUAUUUUAGCGCCCCAAAAACGUAAUAGUUCCAGAUCAACUGUAAUGUCUAUAACAUUGUAAAGCACAAUUUCUCCCCUUUCCAACAUUAUCAAUUACAUGACCUAAAAGCUGCCCGUUUCUGCAUAAUUCAAGCAGGCAAUGAGCCCCGUCGGGUCUUUUUAAAUAUGGCGGGUGGGGAAUCGAAACUAAUCGCCUCUAAAAUGUAAAUAAAACACUAUAAAGAGUUUAUAUAAUGUGUCAUUACAUACCUAUUUGAAGGUUUGUGUCGAAUUUGAAUCUGGUUUUUAGGGCGAUGCUAAAGUGAUCUUAGAAGUAAAACAGCUGUUUUGAGUAUGAUGAUCACAUGCAAUGAUGAUGCAAAAAAUUACUAGGUACCCCCCCUUACCACGUCACUGUCCAUUUCUUGUUUUUAAACGAUGAGAGAAGUGCUACACCUGGUGGAGAGAUAUUGUAAGACAGAAAUAGUUGCUUUAUGCGUGCUGUACGUUACGACAUGACACGUCACGAUGUAACGGAGGGUCCGUUUUUUUCAACUUUUCUCCAAUACUAUAGAGCCAUUACCAUGUCGAUCAACACUUGAAUAGAAACCUAGUUCACACCCCCGAUUUUGAAGUCAACACAGUCGCUACAGUUCCAUUAGUGCUCUUUGUAGCCUUGUUUGAAUGUUGCGGUUGCGCACAUUUGUACGGAAUAAGGUGAGUUUACGUUAGUCCAUAAUGGGAAGAAUGGCAUUUUUUCCCAUAUACAAACUGGCCACUAGACUACAGAAACUAUAGCAAUGGGAUAGCAAUAACUAACGUUAGCAAUGAGAAUAUGGCAUGGGGGGGAACAAAGUCAUUAGCUGCUUAAAAUCAUUAAAAUGAAAUCUUUCCUUUUAAAAACACCAAAAACAACAAAGAACCCUCUCUCCUAAUAUAAAGUCGAACACUCUCCACCCCAUCAUCUCUGUUUUCUCUUCACCACUCCUCUCCUACCUUCCCCCUGAAUGUUUUCUCUUUUCUCUUCUUCUGAAAAGUAAAAAAUUGUGUCUGCAGAUGGAUAUGUUAGACCUAUCCCCUAUGAAUUUGUGGAGAUGUUUGGAUAGGCUUAAGUAGUAUGAUAAUGGCUAAAACAACCCUAACCCUUGUUUGAUUGGUUAGUCUGUAGUCCUAAAGGUGCUUUAUCUGCUGUAUUUAGAUGUGUGUGUUAACUCCCACUGAUGUUUUUUUUUUUUUUUUGUGCUUUUCUCCUUUGCCUCCUGUUCUUUGAGGGAAAGACCACACCACAAAUAUAAUAGGAUUUUGAGAGUUGUCUUUGUCAGAUGCCAUAUUGUAGAAUGGAAAUGUUUAAUGUACCAUAGAUAAUCAUAGAAAACAAUCUUUAUUUUGAUAGUAUUCUGGAAUAAUUUCAUUGUCUACAGUAUGGUCUGGUUUCCCAAACUCAGAUUACACCUUGUCCUUGACAAAAAAUCAUGUUCAAUAUAACUUCAAUAUAAAAUUGUUUAUUUGUCCUGGACUAGGCUUAAGACAGAAGAGGAGAAGAAGAGGGUGAGAUGGAAUAUACAGUAUUUAGCUUAGGUACAAGCAUGCUAGGGGGUGCGUGGAGGGGCUGGGGCCAAGGGUCCUCAGCCCCAGUCCAGGAUCAGCAGCACGUCCAGGUAUACUAUCACACUCAAAUGGCAAAUAUUCAGAUGAGUCCCAAAGAGGAGCUGUUGGAGAGAUUCUUGGAUUAUGCUUCCAGAGGAGACCUGGCAAAAGUCUCUGGGAUGAUCUCUCAUUCCAGCUUUUUGGUCAAUGAAAGUGGGAAGAAUGGCUGGACUGCGUUGAUGCUAGCUGCAAGGAAUGGACACACUGAUAUUGUAGACAACCUACUUUCAAAUGGGUGUGAUAAGUUUUUAGUCAAUAAAUCUGCUCAAACUGCCUAUGACAUUGCCAAAUUCUGGGGACACCGACAUAUUGCCAGGUUAUUGGCAAAGACUGAAAACAAAUGUCACCGGAUUCUACCCAGCGACAGAAUGGAAGAGCAUGAAAACUACUUCAACAGAGAAGUUUUCAACAGAAUGAGUGAAAAGAGGCCUGACAGAAAGUGGCUAGAAGCAAAACAGUCUUCUCCAGACACAGUGUUCAUCUUGUUCUUUAACUUGAACCCUCUUGUGUCUGCUUCCGAGGAGAGCAACACAGCCCAUCCAGGUAUAAAACUGUGUAGACUUGAUGCAAGCUCGGUUAAUAAAGAACUACUUCAAAAACCUGGAACAACAGUCAUCUUCCUCGGGGUAGAGAAGCAGAGAAGCUCCUCAUCCUCUCCUCCAAACGAAGGGAAUGAACCCACUGCUUGGUUUGCUCUCAAUACUGAUGACAAUCCCAUGAAUCAUCUCCAACUCACCAAUCCAAAUAGCUUCUUCCUCAAACCACCCAUGCCAGGUCUUCUGAAACUUAGUGAGGCUGAGGCUGGAAUCAUAGCUCAGGCCAGCUCUGUCCUCGCUUGGCACAACCGAUACAGCUUCUGCCCAACAUGUGGGAGUAACACCAAUGUGGAGGAAGGAGGGUAUAAGAGGACCUGCUUCAACAAAGACUGCAGAAGCCGACAAGGCAUCCACAACACUUGUUACCCACGAGUUGAUCCUGUGGUGAUCAUGUUGGUCAUUCACCCAGAUGGCAACCAAUGCUUAUUGGGCAGAAAGAAGACUUUUCCUGCUGGGAUGUUUUCAUGUCUUGCUGGAUUCAUUGAACCAGGUGAAGCCAUUGAGGAUGCAGUAAGGAGAGAGACGGAGGAGGAGAGUGGGGUCAAAGUGGGUCCUGUUCAGUAUGUGUCCUGUCAGCCCUGGCCAAUGCCCUCCUCACUAAUGAUUGGUUGCCUGGCUGUUGCCAUGUCAACAGACAUCAAAGUCGAUGAAAAGGAAAUUGAAGAGGCUCGUUGGUUUACACGGCAACAGGUUAUAGAUGUCAUUGUCAAGGGAACAAAACCAGCCUUUACCAUGCCACCAAGACAGGCCAUUGCACAUCAGUUGGUGAAACAUUGGAUUGGUAUGAGCUCAAAUCUUUAAGCCUAAUGAAGGGCACUCCUCCAGGAUGGUUUAUACCACUAAAUGUAAUUAAUAAUGAAAUACAAUAGAAAAAUAUAUGAAUGAAUUAUCAAAACAUUCUCGUGUCUGAUUUUCCAUCCAAUCAAAGUAGUGUUUACUAUAACGGCAUAAUCACAUUUAAGACAUUAUAAUGGUUGUGUAAAAUUUGGCAUAAAGUGAUCAAAGUAGAUUAUUUUAUUUCCACUAUUCCACUGUGCCUUUAAUGAACACGACUAAUCUAUAAUUUUAUAUGGAAUACUUUUUCAUCGUUGCAGUAUUUUAAUUGGAUUAAAAGUAGGUCAAGAAAAAGUAGGCAUUUUAAAGGGAUAAUCGACCCCCAGAAUUUUUUUUAACUCCAGUCAAUUUUGUGAAAGCCUAUGUUCUAUCAGUGAGUACAAUAAAAGUCUUACCCAUGAUUUAACUUCCAAGUGGUCCAACUGUGAAAUUAGGAAAUUGUGUAAAUUGUGUAGGAACGUGUUAUAGCUACAUGGUUCUCGUCACUGGAGAUAACACACUAUCACAUUUCAUAACACUUAGGAAAAAUAAUACAUGCACUCCAGAUCGCCAAAUCAGCCAAUAGAUGGUAUGUGCUUACUUGUCUAGAACACAUCUAUCCGUUUAUAUGGUCAUUAAAGUAUAUAUUUAAAUCUAAA